GUCCUCAUAGAAUUUCGCGGGUUAACCCCGAUCCUCUGGCGUAAACUCUGACACGUGGCCGCGGUUUAGGCGAAGUGCGCAGUGGCGAGGUUCAUAGUUGGACGAAGAGACACGACCUAGGCGAAGAGAAUCGCCUUGCUAUAAGUCGACGGAGGGAUGCAACGUUCAGUAGGCAAUAGACCUUCCUAUCUACAUCUUUGGCACGAGUUUUUAGCUAUACAACCGACCGCCAAACAGUUGGCGCGAAACCCUUUUUACAAGUCAACUGGUAUUAUGAAUGUGUCUACCGUAUUUCCGGAAGGAUUUACUGAAACCGAGAGGUCGCAACGUCAUGCAUCAGUGAGCGUAAAGGAUGACGAAGACGUUCAAGAUAGGUAUAAUCGCGUGAAAGAUUUCGUCGGCCUCGAAGAGGUGAUGAAGUUCGAGUUUCUGUUGAAGCUGUUCGCCGAAACCUUGGGAACGUUUCUUCUGGUGCUGAUCGGCUGUGCAUCCUGUAUCACGUGGACCGCGGACAAUCCUCCGACGGUGGUACACAUCGCGUUCACCUUUGGUCUGGCUGUCGCCAGCUUAGCUCACGUAUUAGGUCCGAUUUCAGGAUGUCACGUGAAUCCAGCGGUAUCUAUGGGACUUUUAGUAAGCGGGAAUUGCAGCUUUCUAAAGACCAUUUGUUACAUAGUUUGUCAGUGUUGCGGAGCAAUCGCAGGUUCAGGAAUUUUAAAGCUGUUGAUCCCUGUUGAAGCGGCAAAUAAGGGCUUAGGAGCUACAAAUUUGGGCUUACUGGUCAACCAAAUGCAAGGCAUCUUCAUGGAAGCGAUCGUUACAUUCCUGCUACUUCUAGUUAUCCAUGCAGUAACAGAUCCCAAGAGAACCGACACAAAAGGAUGGGCGCCUUUGGCGAUCGGAUUGACCAUCACCGUGGCUCACAUGGCUGCUGUACCUGUAACAGGAAGUAGCAUGAACCCGGCUAGGUCGUUAGGUCCUGCGAUCGUCCUUGGUAAAUGGGACGAUCUGUGGAUCUAUUGGGUCGGACCGAUCCUCGGAGCCUGUAUCGCCGGUGCCUUGUACAAAUUGGCGUUCAGACAUAAAACGAUGGACGAUGAAGCUUCAUACGACUUCUAACAACAGAAUCGAACGUAAAUAUCGCUUACGAUGUGGACCUGUUUCCUGUAAACGAAAGAAACAAGUCAAAAAUCAUGUUGAUAUCUGCUGAAUGGAAAUUUACUGCAUUUGACGUAUUAAAGAAAGUUUAAAUGGUGCUUUUCACGAAAAAAGGAAAAAAGAAAUAGGAGAAGAUAUCGUUCGGUUUAAUUCGUAUCCGAAAUUGACGAUAAAGUAUUUUUGCAAAACAAAACACGACUGAUCGAAUAUUUUAAACUGAGAAAGAAAUGGACGUUCUGUUUAUAGUCUGAGUAAUCUUUUAACAAGUAUUUAGUACAAUUAGAUGUUUAGUAAACUAAAUCCUUGCAUUGUUUUAGAUACUACUUAUAAUUGACGAGACAGGGUAUAUUUAUACGUUUCAGUUUUUUGCAUUUCGAUCGUUGGAGGAAGAAUCAAGAAACAAGUCAAUUAAAAUUCAACGAAAUUAAACGAUGUAAACGCAAAUCAUUUUGCAAUACAUUUGACCGCGUUUUCCGUUAAUUUUUUCUUAUGUACUUUGCAUGCAAUGAUCUACGAAAGAUAUAUAUUAUUCGAAGGAGAAACUUAAACAACAUCUUGUUUAGAAUAGAUUUUGUUAUUGUUAAUAGUAUAAUUAAUGAAGUAUAUCUGUUUAAUAUUUAUCAUAUUUUUAAUGACGAUAAAAGAAAAGAAUUAAUACGCUCUAAAUGUUCUAGGUACAUAAUCUGUAUUUAUCCGAAUAAUUUAUGAAAUGUAUUUAACUUUAAUCGAUAAUUUUAAUAGUAACAUAUAUGUAUUAUAUUAUGAACGCUAUACAAUUUCGUUCGAUAGAUUUUCAUCUUAUCACAACAAAGAUAUCCAUGUACAUGUCGUAUCGAUAUAUUUUGUACCCCGUUUAGGUUUUGUACAUAUUGUACUUGCAUUUACUUGUAAGAUGUCACAUAUAAAUACAUGGUUCAUAUUGCACACUA